AAAAGGCACUGGGAGGCUUGGUCUGUCCACGUCAAGCAAAGAGAGAGAGAGAGAGCGAGAGAGGCAGAGUGCAGUUCAGUCGCCAGGCUGCACAGAUCUCUCAACUUUUCCAGCAGCGAAGAGGAAGAGAAGGAAUAAAACUUCUUGGGUUAUUCCGAGCCGACAGUGCUACAGUGAUCAGAAGUGCCUGGGCAUUGGAGGAAAGAAGCAAAUGACCCGGAGAGGGAGAGAAGGAGAGAGGCAUCGCUGUUGUGGACUGGAGGGAGCGGUGCUGUGAAUUAGCAAAGAAUUCGCAUCCAGAGCAGUUUAGCAUUACAGCAAGAGAAGCCUAUGCUCCGGCUGGAAGAAUCCCAGUAUGGAAGAAGUACUGGCAACUCUGCCCUGGCAACUCUCUCCCUGAACUGCUGCUUCUCCUCUGACUCAGGUAACAAUGGGGGGCUUCUGAUCUGUAGACCCUCGGGCACAUGUGAAACUGAGAAGGUGGGCCCCACAUCCCACCUGGACCUGUAGGGCCACUCCUUCUAAAUGAUCAUGGCUACCAUGGGCGGUCAUGACGGCUACAAUAUCCAAGCCACCGCCGCCAUUGCAGCUGUCACCACCUUCCUCAUCAUCUUCACCAUCUUUGGCAACAUUCUGGUGAUCAUUGCUGUGCUGACCAGCAGGUCUCUGAAAGCCCCACAGAACCUUUUCCUGGUGUCCCUUGCGGCCGCAGACAUCCUAGUGGCCACCCUCAUCAUCCCCUUCUCUCUUGCCAAUGAGUUGAUGGGCUACUGGUAUUUCAGCAGGACAUGGUGUAAAGCCUACCUGGCCUUGGAUGUUCUCUUCUGCACAGCCUCCAUCGUGCAUCUCUGUGCCAUCAGUCUGGACCGGUACUGGUCGGUGAGCAGAGCCAUUGAGUACAACUCCAAGAGGACCCCACGGAGAAUCAAGUGCACCAUCCUUGUGGUGUGGCUGAUUGCGGCAGUCAUCUCCUUGCCUCCGCUGGUCCUCAAUGAAAACCCAAACAAUGCCAAAGAGGAUGCAAGGAGGUGUGAGCUGAAUGAGGAGCCCUGGUACAUCCUCUCCUCCAGCACCUGCUCUUUCUUUGCCCCCUGCGUCAUUAUGAUCUUGGUGUAUAUUAGGAUCUACUUCAUAGCCAAGCGUCGAAACAAGCAGAGGACUCAAGCUAAGAAGCCCAAGACAAAGGCGGAAGAAGGGGUGCCCCAAAUCAUCGCCGUUCCAUCUGUCGAAACCUCUCCCAAGCAGGACCAAUCCAAGCCUCAGGGAGAAGGGGAGCCAAAUGGACAUCAGGUACCCACUCAGGAAAGUGACCAACCAGAGACCCAUUGCCUCUCUACUGAGAAGUUUUCUCUUGUAAGCCAGGAGGAGAAAGACCCAGAGCCAGCAACUGCCACCAGCCCUUCUCAGUCCCUGCCUGAGAAGAAGCCAUCAUCUUCAGAGUGCUUUCCCCCUAGCAGCAUCAAGCAGGGCAAUGGACCCCCCCAGAGCUCCCCUCAGGGCAUGGACACCUUGGCCACUGCGAGAGGGGAGGUCCUGCUGGUGAGGAGGGUGAAGACCCUCAGUGCCAACCCCUGGAAGAGGAAGACACACCUCAACCGGGAGAAGAGGUUCACCUUUGUCCUGGCUGUGGUGAUCGGGGUCUUUGUCAUCUGUUGGUUCCCUUUCUUCUUCCUCUACAGCCUCCGGGCCAUCUGUCCCCCAGAGCACUGUCCAAUCCCAGAUAGCACCUUUAAGUUUUUCUUCUGGAUUGGCUACUGCAACAGCUCCUUGAACCCUGUCAUAUAUACCAUCUUCAAUCAGGACUUUCGUAAGGCUUUUAGGAAGAUUCUCUGCAGGCAGUGGACUCAGACUGCCUGGUAAGAGAGGCUGGGUGAGGGCAAGCAAGCAAGCAAUUCAGAGUGCAUGGGGACCCUUGUGGAAACGGAACUCAUCAUGCUAUUUAAACUAAACAAAGAAAAAUAUAUUUAUUUGUUGGCUUUUGUGUUUGUAGAAAGGGGAGUGAGGUGAGUGCUGGAUAGAAACUGGCUUUUCAGGCAGUCGAUUUUAGUUCAGCUAUCUCUGUCUGUGUGUGUAUAACGCAGACCCACACCCAUAUGUUCCGCCAACAUAUUUUUUUUCACCAAAAGAUUAUGUGCCAAUGCCAAAUAUAUUCUGAUUAGUUGGGUCAAAGGAACCUUUUUUCCUAAAUCCUGUGGCUGAAUGAGAGUGUGCUCAAGGGUUGCCAGCUUUGCAAACUAUCCCUGUUGCUGUGCCUUUAACAGCAGCUUGAUCUGCAGGGAUUAGCAGGUGAUAAUGUUUUUGUCUUCAUGCUGCAAAAAGCUUCCUGCGUGAUUCCUGCAGACUAAGAUGCUGUCAAGGCAAAGGAGCAACCCUGGCAAAUUUCCUCGCCUCCUGACCACUUGGCAGCCUCCUGUGCCAUCCAGGUAAGCCACAAAAAAGUAAUCAGUUAAACAGCCUAUAACUAAUCCAUUUAUAUCUGUAAAUGAUGAACAUGCUUCAGAAGAAAUCUGCAAAGUGUCUAUUUCUCUGCUCAGGAAUCUAGGACUGAAAAUUCUCUUUCAGGGGCAUGUUGGCAGCUAUGAAGGCAUGAUAGUCAGGUUGCCAACUGGCCAAAAUAAAAUGGAUGGGACUGCUCCUGUGCCUUUGACAGAAAAUUUGUAUACAGGUGUCGGCAUGGAAAUAGUGUUGCUUGCUAACGUCUGCACAUUGAAAUGCUGUUCUUAAAGGCACAGUGCAGGCAGGGCUGGAAGCAAAAGUUGGUGGUUGAAAUGGUCUGAUUUUUUUUUUUAAAGGGUGAUUUGAGCCAAAUGUUGAUGUUUGUUGUAUUUGAUUGCAGCCAGCUAUUGGGAAAUUCCCUGGAUGGUGCUUUUUGACAUGGUAGGCUUGUUAACUUCUAAAAAUCAGCUCUUCUCCUGUGCCUUUAAAGGCAGAAUGAUUUUGGAGAAAUUUAGAAAGGCAAGCUUUUGUAGCUCUUUCGGUUCCACAUCAAGAAAAACUUCAGCUGUUACAUUUAUGCAAGUUAAGCUGCUGUUAAAAGCACAAAAGCAGCCCUGUUUAAAAAUAGCAGCAGCAAAGUAGCAACUUGGGUUGUUUUUAUCGUGUUUCCUAUUCCUUUGCUUCUGGAGUCCUCACAGAUAACAUCAAAUAUUUCUGCACUGGAGGUGGUUGGACUAGAUGAUCCUUGGGGUCUCUUCCAACUCUAUGAUUCUAAAUUCUUCCCAUGGAACAUGUGCAUGGAAGGGUAGGCACUGACUUCUAAAUCAGGAAAGCAAAGUCUUCUAAGACACCAGAUGCUUUUUGCUACUAUUUAGGGUUGGCAACUGACUAAGAAGAAAACUCCAGUCUGGUCUGUGUUUUGACCUUCAAGAGCAGCUUGAUCUGUAGAAAUCAACAAACGAAGUCCCCUUGAGCUAUAGACUGCCUAUUGUACACAGUUUAAAGGGCUAUUGAAGGCACAGCUGAAGUGGCCCUUUGAAAAUUUGGCAGCUAGGUUACUAUGUUCGGAGGAAGGGUUCAGGUGUGCAAAAUUGGCCUGAGCUGUGUUAAUGUGGAAGGAGGAAACGCAUUCACACGUGGAGGUGGGCAGAAGAGGUGGGUUCCCACAGCAGCACAAAGUCCAGUUUUGUUGGUAUGGGUUUGUAGUAGUCCUAUUGAAAUUAAUUGACAUGUCUAACUUAGGUCCAUUAAUUUCAAUGGGUCUACACUGAGUAGAAGUUAGUUGGAUGCAGACCUACAUCCCCAAGGACUGCAGCAUUGAAUGGAAGCCUUUGACUGACUACUGCCCCCCAGUUAAAGAAACCAUAGUUGAUUAACUUAUGAGUUUUAGUUGAUCGCUUAAUGAAAGCUGCUAUAUGUAUGAGAAAAGAACAAAGUGCUUUUUUAAAAAAUAUUGUCUUUGAGUUUGGAGCAGGUUUUUGGAAAACUUGUGGUCUUUCAGAGUUUGUUGGCUCUCCAUUAUCCAGGCUCCUGGGAACUGGAGGCCAGCAAACUCAGGAUGGCCACAGGUUCAUCAACUUUGGUUAGUGGAUGCAUGUGUGGAUCACAGCAGACUCCCUCAUAAAGGCGGCCUUCUCCCUCUUCUCCCACACAGCCAAGAGCCUAUCUAGUCCAGGAUUCCAUUUUUACAGUGGCUGGCUAGAUGCCUAUGGGAAGCCUGCAAGCAGAACAAGAGUGUGAGAUCCCUCUCCACACUUGUGAGUCUCAGCUUUAAGCUUUAUUCAUAAGCAUCUUACCUCUGAUAAUGGAGGCAGAAUAUAGCCUUAUUCUCAUGAAUUUAUCUAAUCCUCUUUUAAGGCUGCCCUCUAUGCCCUGGGUCUAGUCCUGGGUAGUUGAUACCAGUUAAAGAGCAUAUAUGUGAAAGAAUGUUUUUUUGUCCUGCCAAGCCUCACUUCGCGCUGGCCUACUUUGAAGUGCAUUUGCCAUUUUGCUUUUUAUGUUUUGCCUGUGCUGAGCAAUUCGUUAUCAGCAAACUUUUCUACCUCACUGAUCACCCUUAAUUCUUGAUGGUUUAUGAACAACUUAAGAAGCACAAGUCCCGGUUCCAGUUCUUGGGGUCUCCUUUCUAUAUCACUCCAUAGGGAGAACAGUCCCUGUAUUCCUGCUCGGCUUCCUGUUUUGUUCUGAUCCAGAAGAGGUCCUCUCCUCCUUUUCUACUAUUGCUAAGCUUGCUAAGGAAUCUUUGGUGACAGACUUCACAAAAAUCUUUAGCAAAACUACACAGUGUUGAUGGCUCAAGCACCUCACCCUCUAAGCUUAUUGACUCUCAAAGAACUCUGAAAGGUUAGUGAGACUAUUGCAGAAAUCGUGCUGGUUUUGCUUCAGCAAGACUUAACUCUUCUAUAUGCUUGCCAAUUCUGUCUCUAGUAAUGCUCUCCACCAGUUUUCCUGAAACAGAUGUUAAUCACCCAGAUUCCCCCUGGAUCCCUUUUGGAAAAUUAGUGUUACAUUCUGAAAUGGUGCUUGACACCUGCAGUAUUUUUAAGUACUUACAUUUAAACAAUGUUUAAAAUGUUAAAUCUUCUGAUCAGUUACAUGGGGGACUCUUUAAUCAAUCAAAAUGUUCUAAUUAAUCAGUCUGAUUAAUUUAUUGGAUGCCACAAUCUGUCUUUAAAAAGUGCCGAGAUCACUUGGGGAACAAAAUGAUGAUUGCAACGAGAUGUGUGUGUCUGUGUAUAAUACACACAUUUGAAAAAACGAGGAUGAAAUUUCAUUCUCUUUUCCCUCUUCUACUCUGGAGGACAGAAUGCCUCUCCUCAGGGUUGACCCAAGACAUUUUGCUGCCUGAGACAAAGGAGAAGAUGGUAUCCUCCCCACACUUCCACAUGCAGAAGCCAAACAGCACUAGUAGCUAAAUCUUACUUGAAUAUUGGCAAGACUAUAGCCAGUUGUGUGGCUCACACAGCUCUUGUCUCGAAAGGGGGCUCAGGAGGAGCAGCCAUGAGGCUGCCCCACUGCCCCCCAGUAUCUGCCACCUGGGACAGUUUCCUAACGCUGCCUCAUGGUCAGUCUCAAUCUUGCCUGUCCUCAAGUGCUUUUAGUUGAUUAAUCAAGGUCGUAGUCCUGUGCUGCCAGCCACGGCAGAGCUCAGUGGAGGAAGAAGCCAGCCAAACCCGGGGGGACUUGUCUGAAGGCAGAGUCCAUAUGCAAGGUCUGGUCUAUCUCAGUUCACAUAGUCAGACGAUCCAGGGGUCAAGAAAGCUGAGGUUCUGAAGUCACGAGAAGCAAGAAGCAGCCCAGUCUGGCCAGGAACAACAAAUGUUGUUUCCAGCAACUGGCUGAGGCUGGAAGUCGUGCUUAAGAAAGCUGGAGCCUGCUGGUUCUCAUCAGGAGCAAGGAGGCUGAUCAGCAGCAGGAGGAGUCACUUCACCUUCUGCUCAUUCAGGCUGCUGCUCAGCAGGUGAAGCCAACUCCUGCCAUGACAGUCAAGCAUGGUUGAAAGCAUAAGCACACUUUCCAGGGAAUAUAUUCCACUCCAGGAGGGCCCUACCAUUAGGCGGAGUGAAGCAGCCACUUGAGGCAGCAAGAUUUGGGGUGUCACGAAAAGGCAGCAAAUUGUUAGCUAAUUAAUUAAUUUAUUAUAAUUGUAACUAUAUUUCAGGGAGAGGAAGAGGGGCUUGUAGCAUUUUCUACCUCAUGCGCCAACAUUCCAGUGGGGUGGGGUAAAUUUUCUGCUGUUCCUCAGGCAGCAAAGUGCCUGGCCUGAACCCAUUGAAACCAAUGAAAUUUACUUCUGAGUAAUACUUGCAAUUGUACUGGAAUAUUUAUUUCAUCAGCUGAUAGCCCUAAUUUCUAGCUUUCAGUUAACCCUGAACAGGUUGCUGCUGCUGUUUUUUCAAAAUGAGUGUCCUAUCUCAUUCCUAUUAGCUAUCAACCAUUUUGAAUUAAAACUCUUUUCCCCUGGAGACUUUCCUCUUUCGCCAGCCAGUUCCAUGAGGGGAAGAAGUUCAACAGGUGCCCCUUUCCCAAACUGUACUGACACAGAAUAGCCCUGCAGAGUAGGGGGGAAGCCCUCUUUCCCCUUAACAGCGUUGUCAACUUUUUAAUGGUUUUGCUCCUGUGCCUCUAAGGGCAACUUGAUGUGGAAAAGUGAAGCCAACAAAAGCUUUUCCUCAGCUGGAGAGAGUGGAGGAGAAAGCUUUGCCUGCUUAAUUUUUGUCCUGAGGUACAGGACAAAAGGUCAGUAAAAACAUAAAAGGGUGGAGACCUGGCCCUCCUGAUGCAAAUGUAGGUUUGCCAACCUUUUUGACAAGGUUCCUUUGUCUUUAACAGAUAUAUAGCAUACAGAAUUCCCCCCAUCACAACAGGUCAGCCAAAAAGUUUCUCCUUCAGAGUUUGGGCGUGGUGGUGACUGAAUGAAGUCCCAAUGCCAAUAUUUUGCAAUCUGAAUUCUAGAGAUUUGUACUUUUGACCAUUUUCAUUAGUCUAAACUAGCCUUCCGCAACCUAGUGCAUUUCUAGUCUUUUUUUUGGACAGCACAGCUGAUGGCAAUUGUAGUUCAAGACUUCUGGGGUGGGGCAGGGGGCACCAGGUUGGGGAAGACUGAGCAUAAGAAAACUGGAAAGCUCUGCUGAUGAAGCCUAGCUUCUCUCACAUAGUUUUGUUCUUUCUAUGGGUCAUUAAGAAAAAAUUGAGGAAACCAAUUUCCUGAAAUACUUCUCUCACAUCUGAAUAUAUAAACUUGCUAACCGUUUCUUUCCAAAAUAUGUGCCUCAUUUGUAUCUGCAUGGUUAUGUUCCACAUGGGUCCUAUUGAUCUUUUUUCUGAGUCCUAAAAGCAAGAUUUGUACUAUGGAUCUGUCCCAAAUCUCCUCUCCCUCCACCCCAAAAAUAAAUGCAACAUUAUUAUUUUUUUC